GUGAAUGUGUGUGUGUGUAUGUGUGUGCACUCCUCAGUGGGACUUGCAAAGCACUGCGUGGAAAUGAAAGACUCUGCAGGUCUCGGAUCGGCGGCACACGAGCUGGACUUUCACUCCUCCGCUUCCUCUUCCUCCUCCUCACCGCUCUUCCUCAGAAGCCGUGCGGGAUCAUGCUUCCUCCCGCCUCACUCCUCCGCACACCUUUGCUUCAGUGGAUCUCAGCUGAGUGACAGAGAAAGUCCACACCGGAUUUGAACCCGCGCACCCUUCUUUGCACAGCAUCUCCACCUGCCUUGCUCCUGCGUGUGGACCGUACUGAAGGCAACAUGCUGCUGGUGCUUGUGAUGAGCGUGGUUGUGUUGUCAGGUGCAGGAGUGUCAACAGAAGUGUUCCGUGCGGGUGUGGCCCCCCGCUGCGAGAGCCGGGCCUGCAACCCUCGCAUGGGCAACCUGGCUCUGGGCCGCCGCGUCCUGACCCAAACCGUGUGCGGCAACAACGGCACCGAGCCCUACUGCGCCCACACCGACCCGGGCCUGGUGUGCGGCGUCGCCAAGUGCGGCAAGUGCAAUGCCGCCCUCCCGCACCUGUCUCACCUGUCCGCCGCCAUGUCCGACUCCUCCUUCCGGCACCCCGACACCUGGUGGCAGUCGGCCGAGGGCGUGGAGUCGGAGACGGUUCAGCUGGACCUGGAGGCCGAGUUCUACUUCACGCACCUCAUUGUGGUGUUCCGCUCCACGCGACCCGCCGCCAUGACACUGGAGCGCUCGCAGGACUUUGGGCGGACGUGGCGCAUGCUGCAGUACUACGCCGCUAACUGCAGCGCCGCCUUUGGGCUCCCGGAGGGCAAGGUGGGCUCUGGGCGGGACGGAGGCACGUGCACGUCCAAAUACUCCAAGGCGUACCCGUGCACCCGAGGAGAGGUGAUCUACCGGACCCUCCCCAAGUGGGAGUCCUUGGACCCCUUCGGCCUGGAGGGCCAGCAGCAGCUGAGGGUGACCAACAUCCGGAUCCGGCUCCUGAAGCGCCAGCCGUGCCCCUGCCAGGCCAAAGAGCCCGCCCCCGCCGGCCGGCACGCCCCGCCCACUCGGCACUUUGCCAUCUACGACCUGAUCGUGAAGGGAAGCUGCUUCUGCAACGGCCACGCCGAGCAGUGCGUCCCUGCGCCGGGGUACCGACCCAUCCGGGACCGGACCAACCAUGUGGUCCACGGGAAGUGCGUGUGCAGACACAACACGGCCGGCGAGCACUGCGAGCGCUGCGCUCCUCUCUACAACGACCGACCCUGGCAGCCCGCCGACGGCCUGACGGGGGCGCCGCACGAGUGCCGCAGGUGCAAGUGCAACGGGCACGCUCACAGCUGCCACUUUGAUUGGUCGGCGUGGCGCGAGUCUGGCCAGCGCAGCGGCGGCGUGUGCGACUGUCUGCACAACACCGAGGGGCGCCAGUGUGAGCGCUGCAAGGUCGGCUUCUACAGGGAACCCCGGCGAGCGCACACCGCCCCCGACUCCUGCCAACCGUGCAGAUGUCACCCUCUGGGCUCCAUGGCCUUCCACGCGGCCGCAGACUCGCUCUGCGACCCCGCCAACGGCAACUGCAUCUGCAAGCCUGGAGUGGGCGGGGCUUACUGCGACAGGUGCAUGGUGGGAUACUGGGGCUUCCACGAGUACGGCUGCCGCCCGUGCGACUGCGCCGGAGACUGCGACCCCUUCACGGGGGACUGCGUGCUCAGCUCGGAUCUGCGCAACUUGGAGGGAAACUCCAGCGAGCCAAUCGGGAUCUUCCGAGUGGACGAGCUCUUCUCCGCCCUCCACUACUCAGAGAAGUGUGAGUGCAAAGAGCAGCCGCUGACCAACAGCAAACUUUUCUGCACCAUGAACUACGCCUACGUGCUGAAGGCGAAGGUGCUGUCGGCGCACGACAAGGGUUCCCACGCCGAGGUGGAGGUCAAAGUUCAGAAGGUGCUCAGCCAGAAGGUGAAGAUCCAGCGGGGGGUCGUCACGCUUUACCCGGAGUCGUGGACGGCGCGGGGGUGCACCUGCCCCAUCCUCAACCCAGGUGUGGAGUACCUGGUGGCGGGCCACGCCGACAGGAAGCAGGGUCACCUCCUGGUCAACAUGAAGAGCUUCGUCAAGCCUUGGAAGGCCAGCUUGGGACGCAAAGUCCUCACGCUGCUCAAGAAGGACUGCAACUGGUAGAUGGACACCACUGGGGGACAGAUGGACGGACACUGGACUCAGAGUACACGUCCACGCGUGGAUUAUUAUUAUUAUUAUUAUUAUUAUUAAUAUUAUUUGAAUGAAACGGCACAGACUAAAACGUGUCGGCGCCGAGUUCCUCUCUGCAGCACUUUAAGACGGAAUACGGACGCACAAAGAGAGGACAGCUUUCCCACACGGGAGGACACGGUGUGGACGGCGGCCCUCACCUGACACACAGGAAGCCAUAAGACGCUGCAGGUGUGCAAGAUGAAUGUAUUUGUGUGCCCGAGGACACGAUUAGCACAGGCUUCUCUUUAGCUAGCCAACAGGGUGUAUUACGCGACUGCUUCCUGUACAGUGUUGUUUGUACAUCUAUAGAAGUAUUAUUCCUGUAUUCUCCAGAUUCAUGAUAGCUAGCUUUUACCUGCAGGUAGCAUUCCACCGGGGCACGUCUCUAGUUUUCACUUUCUCUUUUCAAACCAGACAACUUCUACAAGGCGGUGAUAAUACAAUUAUCCAUGCACCAUAA